AUGGAUCGAUUUAUUCGUUUUGAAUAUAGUGAUAAAGAUUUCAAACUCAUUGACGAUUAUAAAAAUCGGCAAGUUGUGUCAUUAGAUUUAACUCUUAAACCUGUUUUGUCUUCUGUCAAUAACUUGGAAUAUUAUAUUAAAAAAGCGAAACAAAACUGUCAUUAUCCUUCGAAACAUAAUCUUAGUAACGAUGAAUCAGCCGCUGUAUAUCUCUAUACAGAUGAUUGGGGAGAUCAAAGUUUACAUAAUGUCUUGAAUCAAACAUUACAAACUAAAGAUAAAAAAAAGUUGAAACCUUGGUUUGAUUUCCUUCAAUUAUUUAAUACAGCACUAGAAAAAUUACCCAAUGUCAAGCAAACAAUAUGGCGAGGUUUACCCAUUGAUACUGUAGAGAAACUAGAAGAAAAUGAUGAAUUGGUAUUGUGUUGUGUAACUUCAUCUUCAUUGUCAAUUGAUAUAAUGAAGUCCUUUCUCACAAAUAAUCCAAUUCUUUGCUCAAUCGAACCAUUAAAUGGGAAAGAUAUUCAUGAUUAUACAUCUACAACCAGUGAUCAAGAGGUUUUACUGCUUCCGGGCACAUGUUUGCGCGUGAAAAGCAAAGAACAAAACAAUAAAAGAGAUAAAGUUAUAAUAUGUUUCGAAGAAAUCAGUCAAGUUGAUGAAGACAAGUCAAUUGGUAAUGAUGUCGAAAUGGUCGACAACAGCCAACUUACUAACAAGCAAGACACAGAUAUUGAUCAUCAACAAACAAAACCUACGGCAUUAACAAAUGAAAUGAAUUAUGAAUCAUCAUCAAAAAAAAAGAAAUCAAACGAGAAUGAAACUAAAGCAGUUAUUACUUUUGUCAAUGGCCAUCGAUAUAAAUUAAAAUAUCGAAAUGGUAUGAAACAAGAUUAUGGAAAAUACUACAAUGUUGAUGGAAAAAAAUUCGAAGGUGAAGAUGCUGAGGAUAAAGCAACUGGAGAAGGAAUUUGCACUUAUCCAAAUGGCAGUCGUUAUAUAGGAACAUUCAAACGUGGUAAUAGAAAUGGCCAUGGUAUUCUUUACAAUACAGACGGAACAGUACAAGCAGGUAUCUGGGCUAAUGAUGAACCAAAUAAUCUAGAUUUAAAAACAAUCUCAAACAGUCAUCUUUAUAAGUGGAAAAAUGGAAAUGGCGAAGAACGUCAUUAUUAUGUUUAUGACGAUAAUAAUGGGAAUAAAUAUAUUGGUAAUAUAGUUGAUGGCAAGGCACAAGGAUUAGGUAUACGAAUUUGGUCAGACAACAGUCGAUAUGAAGGUAAUUUCAAAGAUAAUAAAAAACAUGGAUAUGGUAUUUAUUAUUAUACUGAUCGAGAUAUUUAUAAGGGUCAAUGGGCUAAUGACGAGAUAAAUGGAGAAGGAAAACUAACUUGGAGUAGUGGUACUCACUAUCAAGGAAAAUUUGUCGAUGGAAAGCGACACGGUGAAGGAACAUUAAUAUUUGCUGAUGGACAAAAACAAGUAGGCAAAUGGGAAAAAGAUAAAUUUGGUACUUAA